CUGAUAUUAUUAAGAACGAAUACAAAUUUGAGGAAAUUUUAAAGCAUGAAUUGCUAUGGUGUUUAUCGUGCAUAAAGUAUCACUCUACUCAAAAAUCAGUUGAUCACAUAAGAACUUUAAAAACAGACAUAAUGAAGUGUCCUCUUCUUAUCGAAUGCUUAAAAGAAAGUGCAUUAAAAUGGAUAGAGGAAAACUCCACAGAUGAUUGGCAAUAUAAAGUUGCAUCUGAUAAAAAAUUAUUAUAUCCGUACCCAUCUUUUUCUGCCGCAUUAUUGGCUUAUCUCCGAUCAUUGGUUAGACGUCCAAUCGCUAAAAUGUUAUUUGUUCUUGAGAAAUUGUCGGUCACUAAAACAUUCAUAUCAAUAAGUCAAAAGAAAAGAAAUGAUAUAUUAAUUACAUUUUUACGAACAAUAUUCUUGGACCCAAAAGUCCUGAAUACCAAUGAAUUGCUUGAACCAAGACCUGAUCAAUAUGUGAUGCCAGAACUUUUUUAUGAUUUAAAAUUCCCAUUUUCAUAUUAUUUUAUGAAAAAAAUUAAUGAAUUCAGGACCACAUGGGAAGAUGAACUUGCAAAACUUAGAGAAAAUCCAGAAAACUGUGAUGAUGAUCAAAGACUUUCACAUGACGUUUUUGAAAAUGCCGUUCGAGGAUUUAAUUUUAUAACAGUUAUAGUUGCAAACGAUGCUGAUAAGAAAGAUUCCGAGUUACUUGCUAGACUAUUACAGCAACAUAUUGGAAAAGAUAAA